AUGGCACCAGCAGCAGUCCCAGUCGCAGCAACAGCCUCCGAGCUGACAGUAUCCGCCAUGAAGGCCGAUCUUGCCAAAUCAACCAAGCCACAGCUAGAUGCCUCGAAGCUGACCUAUACCUUCAACAAACAUGGAGGAGUUGUCCCUGCCUUAGACGACCCAAUCCGUAGAGAACAUAACUCGUCGACUGAUCACAUGUUGACGGUCAAGUGGACCGAAAAAGGCGGCUGGGAGGCUCCUCAGCUCCGACCCUACGGACACCUCGACAUUAUGCCAACUGCUUCUUGCAUCCACUAUGCCACUCAAGCUUUCGAAGGCAUGAAGGCAUAUAGGGGUGUCGAUGGCAAGCUCCGUCUCUUCAGACCGGACCUCAACUGCAAAAGAAUGAACCUGUCGAGCACCAGAAUAGCCCUUCCAGCAAUUGACCCCGAGCAACUCGAAGAACUCGUGAAAAACUUCGUUUCCGUUGAUUGUCCAAAGUGGCUCCCAAAUGCCGAAACUUUCAUUUAUCUUCGACCAGCAGUAAUUGCUUCUGGAGCUGCUCUAGGUGUCCAAAAACCGAGGGAGGCGACAUUAUUCAUUAUUGCUGUUCUCUUCCCACCGAUGGAAAUCAUGAAUGGUAUGAGAUUGCUUGCUUCGAAGGAGGAUAUGGGUGUUCGCGCGUGGCCUGGUGGCCACGGAUGGAGCAAAGUCGGAGCGAACUACGGUCCAACUCUCCAAGCUCAAGGCGAGGCUCGUGAACGGGGUUUCGACCAGAUUCUUUGGCUCCUCGGAUCCGAAGGCCGUGUUACCGAAGCUGGUGCCUCCAACUUCUUCGUUGUCUGGAAAAACAAAACUUCUGGCCGCCUGGAACUCAUCACUGCUCCUCUCGGUGAUAAGAUCAUUCUCGAUGGCGUUACCCGUCGCUCAGUCAUCGAGCUUGCUAAAUCACGCCUCUCUCAUAACCCUACCGAGGUGCUGAAGGAAGUCCAGCACCUCGAGAAACUUGAUGUUGUCGAACAAAGCUAUACGAUCGAUGAUAUUGCUGAAGCGUAUGAGAGCGGAAGACUUGUCGAAGCUUUCGCCUGCGGUACUGCAUUCUUUGUUGCUCCGAUCUCGUAUAUUCAACAUGAAGUUGAGAAGGGGAUUGAGGUGCCAAUGAAUACCACAACCGCGGAUGGAUGUAAGUCUGGUGCUUAUGCCGCUGCCAUCAAGACUUGGUUGAAGGAGAUCAUGUAUGGCAAAGUUAGCCAUCCAUGGGGUGUUGUUAUCAAUGAGAGAGGCGCUCAGUAA